UUCGUGAUGGCGUCGGCUGCUGAGACUGAAGAGACAGCGGAAGGCUCGGGUCCUAGCUGGUCCAUGUGGCUGGUGUGUAAGAGCAUGAGGACGAAGUUUCCCUCCGUUCGGCAGAUGGCCACAGACGAGCUGGACCGUCUGCUGAAGGCACAGCAAGCCUCACAGGAGAGCAGCGAGGUCCUGCUCCUGGACUCUCGGCCAGUAGAGGAGUAUUCCAUCAGCCACAUCCCAGAUGCGGUCAGGGUCGACCAUGAUGGUGAUCUAACGCCAGCGCUGGACAGGAUACGCCACGAGAACGACACGUCUCGGCCCUUGUCUGUCGUAGCCUACUGCUCCGUGGGAUACCGGUCAUCAGUGGUAGCAAAGAGGCUUGAGGAGGAACUGAAUAAACUCCCAUCAGGCAGUUCAGUGAAUCGACCAAUCAGCAUCUACAACCUGGAAGGCAGCCUGUUCAAAUGGGCCAAUGAGGGAAGGGCAAUGGAGGACAGUGAAGGCAAGAAAACGACCUUGGCUCACCCCUACAGCAGUGUGUGGGGGCGGCUACUCGACAAACAGUUCCACUGCUGGUCCAGAUAAUGCUCUUUCAUGUUCAUUCUUCUUUACCCAAAGCGUUGGCCAGGGAAAUUAAUUUUCUAAAAAGGAGGCGUGGCUCAUAACUCAAGAUGACAUCAGGAUUAUGUCAUUAAAAUUUGCAUAAAUUAUUAUCUUGCACUAAGGUACUUACACAAAAAAAUUCAAUGACCAUAGGUAACCCUAAGUAGUAUUUUUAAGAUGUCCCCAAAGUCCUCAGACACACUUCCAGACCUCAUGUCUUAACUUAGCUGACAACAUUUGAAAGUUACAUUGAUGAAUGAACUUUAUUGCUAGACAAUGAACUUAAUUGCUUGACAAUCAUACAUGGUGCUAUGUAUGGUAACAACAGUACAGUACUACAAGUCUAUAUUUCUAUCGUAUAUUUUGAACUACAAAAUAUUAUCGCUAACAGUAUAUGAGUUACAUAAUCGUAAUGUCUCACUUUUGAAAUAAUGUAUAAUGUAAAAAGAAGUUGACCCUUCCUCAUAUUUAGGCAUAUAUGGAUAUUCUAAAUAGCCUUGUUAUCUAUAAGACACUGAUUAAUCGUGUUAAGUAACAUCAUUUUCAUAUACAUGUACUUGAAAAGUUAACCUACAUACAUGUAUUGUCUUAUGUAAAGCAUACUUUUAUGAGAGAUACGUGCACACUAUGUUAUCUGUUUAA